AUGAAGACGUCAAAUAUUCUUCUGUGCUUAGCGCCCACGGUAGCAUUUGCCGCUGAGGCUGAUCAGGCACCUGCCGCUGUCGCGCCCAGUCCUUCGCUACCGAACAUUACGCCUCCGGUCCCGUUGCCAAAUAUUCAAAAUCCUCAAAGCGGAGAACAUGAGUUGAAGUCACCAUUGGAAGCCCGUCAAUUGGUCCAAAUCGCCAAUGCUGGUGCAGCCAAGCCCCCGGCUGCCGCGACCACGGAAGAGAUUCUCACAACAACCGUUAUGGAUCAAUGGCCGCAACCCUCCAGUGGAUCAAUUGGGUUGGGAACACUGACCGCAUCAGCGGGGGUAACAAAGUCGCUGCGCGCGCGGAGUGAAGGCACUCUUGGCCAAACACCAUGGAUAGGAAUGGCUAUCGGGCUGACAUGCACAGCGCUCGCAGCUGUGAUGCUGGGGUGA